AGUUUGAAGCCAAGAUGGCGGCGGCCAUGGAGAAUGAGCGGGUGUAGUAUGGACUGUGAUCCGGGUGCAGUUUGGUGUCUCCGGCUGCUGAAUUGCUCUGAGGAAGGAAGGUGCAACCCUUAUUGAUUCUUGAUAUGUUGGACAAGUUCGCCUUGUAUCAUUAUGUCACAAGCGAAGACUCCUGAAAAGAAGAAACGUAGAAGUCUCUCUUUGUCUAAAAAUCGAAACAGUUUAACACCAGUUACUGGAUCUACAAAGCAGCCUGCAGCAUCUCCAUCUAUUCUUUCUCUCUUUAAAAAUGCUCCCCCUGCCAAACUUUCUUGUCCUCUUUGUGGGGAAAUGGUCCCUCGCUUUAGUCUGAACAAACACAUUGAUGAAGAAUGCUCUAAAGCAAAGUCAGAGAAUGAUGAUAUCAUAUUGGUAGAAGAUGGAAAAUCCGUGCAGCUGUCUUCUUCUACCGCAGCUUCUCCACUGCCGCAAAAAUUCAAAACUCAAGCUAAGAAAACUGUCAGGACAAAAGCUCAAUGUAAAAAGACACCAAAUGCGGAACAAGACAGCCCAUAUUUUAAUAAUAAUCCCUCUGUGACAGAUAUUCCAAACGAUGUGAAGGUGGUAAAAACUGUUUCACUGGGUAGCCUCUCCUCUAAAUUAUCCCGGAGAUAUCAAGCUCGCGGGGCUGAAAGCAAGGAGUACCUUGAUGGUCUGUCAGACGAUUCCCUCAACACAAAUCCUUUUCAUGAAGAGUCUCCACCUGGUCGAAGUAAUGGCCUUCACAGUGAUGAAGGUACACAUUGCACUGACAAAGUAACUUUGCCUUUACAUUUGGACACUAUAAGUGAUGCCCCUGAGGUUCCUAGUGAUCAGAAACACAAUCUAGUUAUUGAUGAUGGACCAAAAAUAUUACCUUUUAAUGCUGCAGAUGAAUUUUGUAAACCAGACCGUAUCGGUGAACCUUUAAAACGUAAGCUAGUUAGUCGCCUUUCAAGUAAAACCAACAAUGGUAAAAAGGCAAAGUUUAGCGAUCCUCAGGAGGCCUCUUGUGAUCGGUCUGCUUCCACCAAGAACUGUGCUGAUCCUUUGGACAUGUCUUCUAGUGAAGACAAAAGUAGUCUUCUUUCCAUGGAAGAUUCCAAUGUAUUUGAAUUUCUGAAGACAAGAGAAAUAAAAGGCCAAGAUGAAGCAGACAAAGACAGCAAUAAAGAGAAUGCUUCAGAGUCUGAUAGACAGCCAUAUUAUUUAAGAAACUUCUUAAUGGUGCUGCAACCUGUGAUGGAGAAUGUGGACGACAUGAGUCUUUUUAAUGAAGAAGAUAAAAACACUUUAACAGCUUUUAAUCAACUGUCAGCUGGUGGACAGAAGUUAUACGUUCGACUAUUCCAGCGCAAGUUAUACUGGAUAAAAACUAACAAGAUCGAAUAUUCUGAGAUUGGUUCUGACUUGACUCCCUAUAUUGAAGAACUAAUUCAAAAUGGCUUCCUGCAGUCGGACUGUGAGUUGGAGGACCUUAAUGAAGCCUUGGAUCUUCUAUCUAGCCCAGAACUAAAAAAUCUAGCAAAAUCAUUUCACUUGAAAAAUCCCAACGCUCAAAAGCACCAGCUGGUGGAGGAGUUUAUGAAACUUUCCAAACAACGUUCCAUAUUCGGCAUGGGUAAAAAACAGUCUGGCCUCGUUGCAGCCAUCCUUAAAAAAGCCAAGGACAGUGCUGGUCGAGCAGUACGGGUUCGCAGAGCCCCCAGGGCUGUAUUUUCCCGAGUCCUUCUCUUGUUUUCCUUGACACAAUCUAUGGAAGUAGAAGAAGCUGCUAGUGGGGGGCAGAGCCUGCUUUCCAUUGUCUUAAUGGUAAACAUGGGCCGCAUGACAUUCCCAAAGUACACCGUGCAGAGGAGUGUGAAAAUAUUCCAGGACCGAGAAGAUCUCAUUAGGUAUGAAUCUGCAAUGCACAAGUUGGUGGACAUUGUAAUUACAAUGACUAAUGGUAAAUGGAAAGAAGCACAUGUGUUGUAUCAGAAUGCCAAGGAAGUCUGGGACCAGCUGAAGGAUGAGCCCACAUUAGGGUACCACGCAGAGCUGCCAUUAUUCCUGCGCUGUUUUACUGUGGGCUGGGUAUACACAAGGAUCCUAUGUCGAGGUGUAGAAAUCUUACAGAGAUUGCAUCUCUAUGAGGAAGCCGUGGAUUUACUACAAGUACUAUUGUCUCAAAGUGUAUAUUGUCCAGACAGCAGAGGGCGGUGGUGGGAUCGACUGGUUCUAAAUUUACACCAACAUUUGAAGCAAACACAAAAGGCAAUCACCUUUAUCCUGGAGGGCUUGUCAGAUCCAUACAUACGUACCGGUCAUCGGCUCUCUCUCUACCAACGAGCUGUAAGAAUGAGAGAGUCUCCAAGCUGCAAGAAGUUCCACAAGAUGCUCAACAAUCUACCAGAGAUCAUUGUGGAGGAUGUCCCUCAUGUUACCAUUAAAGGCAAGAUGUACCCACAAACAGGCAUGGGAAAAUCUGUCUUUAUAAUGGAGAACAUUGCAGAGGAGGUGGGUGAGGAUUUUGCACUCUCUACAGUCAUGUGUUCCGUAGAAGAAUUGGCAUUGGCCCAUUAUCGAGAACUUGGCUAUGAUCAAGGAAUUCAUGGAGAAGGUUCUACGUUCAGUACCCUGUAUGGCUUGUUCAUGUGGGAUAUAAUCUUUAUGGAGGGGAUUCCUGACGUCUUUAGGAAUACCUACCAGGCAUUCCCCCUGGACCUAUAUACAGACUGUUUUUAUGAGAACAGAAAGGAAGCCAUUGAAUGUCGGCUCCAGCUGCUCCAGGAGUCCUCCACAGAGACGCUGCACAGCUUGAUGGCUGAUGUGUGGACUGAACACCUAGGUGAGGCCGCUGCGACAGUCAGCUGGGAACGCUUCUCCUCUUUGCAGCAGGCCCAGAGCCUAGUGUCCUGCCUUGGAGGAUCAUUGCUAAGUGGAUUGUGUAGGAAAAUGUCCAAAGACAUUCGGCACUGUAAAGGAGGUCUCCCCGAUCUGGUGGUGUGGAAUGCGCAAAAGAAAAUCUAUAAGCCCAACAUUUUGAGUCGUUGUCAGAACAGGAAUAGAGUAAAAAAAGAAAAGUCUUUAAAAGGGAUGCAUUUUCAGGUGUCAACUGCUCUUCUUCUUACUUCGCCUACAAGACUGAAAGUGAACAGAAAUUCCCCACAUUGAGGGAUGGAAGGAAAUACACUGUCAGACAUUUUAAACAUUCCUAAAAAUAUACAUUUUUAUAUAUAUAUUUCUAAGGAAAUAUACAGUACCAUAUUUGCCGGCAUAUAAGGCG